AUGGCGUUGGCACCACGGGAUUCGAACUCGGCAACAACCGGUGGCCAGAUUGUGGACAUGGCCUCCAGGCAGGCAGGGAGGUACAGGCUGGCUAUGCGCGUGCACGUCAGGAAACCUCAGAUGAGCAACAUAAUUCAAGUGAUGCAGCAAAUGCGAAUCGUAAAGGUUGGUGUACCUGCCAAGACUGUGCAAGCAGGCGAUUCGCCGCAGCUGCCGCAAGAGAAUGCGCAGUGCCCACAGCAACCGGCGAAGCUUCAGGCUUCGUCAUACCAGGGAAUGGUGGCGCCGUUUCCGGCCAUGCCUUUCCCUUUCAUGCACCCAAUGAUGUUUGGUUUUCCCGCACCGUUUUUCCCACCGUUUUUGUGUCCGCCGCCAGCGUUCGCCGCUUCCGCCCUGAGCGCAAUGCAGAAACAAGCUGCAGCCGCGCGGCCAGAUGACGGCGUUGGCGCUUUCCACACCUCGUCGCAUUCGGCGUUUCGCCCGCCCCAGGCGGUGCUCAACUACUGCGGCUUUGAGCCGACCGCUAUUUGGAUAGCCGAUGAGGCUUUUUGGCCUGCGGCGUUCUGCUGCAGCAGGCGCGGGCUAACAGCCGCGAGUGGCAGUUGUCCGAAGGCCAGCGACAUGUAUCUCUCCCGUGCGCCUCUGCCGGAAGGCUGUACCUAUCGUUGUGCACGAACAUUGGGUGCGCGGCGGUUCCUGCACUCCUGCGCUGAGCAGCAGGUGUUGCUCAUUGCUGUUGUGACGGCGAGCGGGCAAUGUACGGGAGAGGGUAGGGAAAUUUACAGCCAUGGUGCCGCUCCUUGCCAUUCUGCCGCAACCUAG